AUGCAUGCUGUGACUAUAGUGGAUUUAAGUAAAAAAGAGGUAGAGAUAAAGAAGAAAGAGGUGAAAAAGAAAAGAAGAAUAGUGGACGUGUAUGACAUAACAGACCCAUUCUACCAAGAAGACGAGGAAGUGACUACAUUUGAGUGCAGGUAUGAGAACUUCUUCUGUUUAUCAGGAGAUGCUCCAGCUGAGAAAAAGAAAGAAGCAGAGGGCGAGUCCGAAGAAAAGACAAAAAAAGACAAAAAAGAAACUGCCCGAGAAAGAUAUGCUAAGCAGAAACAGGAUAGGUUAGAAGAAUAUUCGGAAGUACCAAGCGAUCAGAAGGCAAAGGCGCUAAAAGAACUAGCAGUACUUGAAUUGCUGACUGCGCAAGAACCAGCUGCCAAAGAUUUAGUAGAUGCAAUUAUGGGGCUAUACCCAAAUGAAAACAAAGAAGAGAUAAAAAACAUUAUAGAAAAGGUGCUUAGCAAAGAAGGUAUGGAGGGAAUAUUUGCUGAAGCAGAAAAAACAAAGAAAGAGCUAUCGAAUGAAAUCCAGCCAGAAAUAUUAAAGAGAGUCAAAAAGAACGAAGUGACUGAUGCACAAGAAAUUCAAUUUGACAAUGAACUUCUUGAUCUGUUAGUUAGGUAUACGGAUGUGGAGUACUUAAUAUUUUACAUAAAGCUAUUUAUAUCUGGCAAGAAGAGAAUAUUGGAGCAUAAGGUUAAAAAGAACGCGGUUAUAGCGCUGCAAGAACUAUUCCCAGCAGAAUGUAGAUCUUCAUCACUAGGAAAGAAAAUAGCAAUGCAUGUAAUUAGAAAGAAAAAGCCAGACCAGGCAAAAGAGUCGUACUCUGAAGGAAAUGCGGAUGUUCACAGUAAUACUGAAGAAGAGGCGCUUCCUAAGCAAACAGAAGCUCCAGAAAAUACAAAUAAAACAGAUGAACCCGUGGCAUUGAAAAAACCAGGGCCUAUUAAAAGCACAGACGAUGCUGAGAUAUUAAAAGAAGAAAAAUUAGACUCCUCUGUGGUAUUAUCCGAAAAUCAAGAGAAAGACUUGCCCAAAGAAGAAAAUAUUACAGAAUCUGAUCUAAAUACUAAAGAGCCAGAACCAAACACUGAUAUAAAAAAAGACAAUAUAGACAAAUUUGACGAGGGCACGAUUAACCCAAGCAAGCUAAUAGAUGUUGUAAAAAAACCGGUAGAGAAGAAAGGGAGGCAGGCAAAAACAAGAAAGGCCGCUAAUUUAAAGGUUAAUUCAUCUGGAAAGAGAAAGCCGCCUGCAUUGGAACCCGCAGCACAAGAGGCUGAGCCAUCACCUUUAAGUAUUUCAGAGAAUACCUCUGCGCCAGCGCCAUCUGCUGAAAUAGACAGCACAAUAGACUUAUCGAAUAAAAAAACUUCCAAAAGACAAAUUACCAGAAAUAUUUCAAAGCCAAGAAAAGGAAGAGUAGUGAAAGAAAAGGCGGCACCUGCUAGAGCUUCUAAGAGACAAAAGAAAAAUCUUCUGCCAGAGUCUGUAGACAUAGAUACCUUGCAUGAAGAUGAUUCUACAGGUCAAAAAGAUGCAAAAAAAAUCAAAAAAAAAUCAAAAAGAGUCAAAAGAUACUGAUAAUAAUUCUGAAGAAUUUGUUUCGUCUGACAUGGAUACGAUAGUUGUGUAAUGUUGUGUAUAUUUAGGGCAUGGGAAUGG